AUGUCGCUCCCUUGGACGUCGUCGCGUGGUAAGAGCAAUUCCUUUGAGCGAUUCAUCGCGAAUAAGUUUCCUGAUUUCGAACACUGGAAAACGCAUUUCAGUUUCGAAACGCACGCUUUACCGUUAGCUAUCGGCAGCGCUUGUUCUGCCAUUUCCAUGUCUGUAUCCAUGAACGCGUUUCAGAGAGUUGCGCUGAUUGCUAGAAUAUCUUCGGCGUCGAAUUUUGGUCCAGUGUUAGGCUUGGGAUCGACGAUGAUGGCUUCCGUAUGCGCAGGACAAGCGAUGCUUUUCGCAUCAGAUUUUUCAUUGUCUCGAGGAGGUGGCAAAGUGCAUAACACGACAUCGUCGGGGAGUUUUGUCAGCGCAGGAUUGAAUCAAAUUAGUGGUAGUAACAGUAGUCCUCACAUUAGCUAUAGCGGUAGCAGUAAUAGCACGUGGCGCAGAACGAAACGCAGGAAGACGGGUACGCUGGAAACGGCGUGGGAUGAAGAUGAAACGGUUUUUGACGCCGCGUUAGGUAGCGUGUUAUUUUUCUUCGCCUCGCGGGGUUCGUUCUCGAAAGCGAUGCCGAGCGACGUUGCCGAGAUCGGUGCGAAUGCAGUCAAAAGUAUCAAAGCAAACGGAUCGAAUUACGCGAGUGAACCGCAAAAAGCAGUUUUACGAACGUUUAUGCGAAAAUACGGGUGUCAUCACUGCGGUAAAAAAUCGCUCAAAGUGAUUGGCGACCACAUGCCGCCGAACAAAGUAGCGUUCGGAAGCGCCGCAAAUGCCGCAGCCUCCCGAGGCGCAAAUGUUUCGAUGUAUCAAAAGUUCAUGAACUUUAUUCGAUUCGUUCCCAAACAGAGGUUUUGGCCCCAGUGUGAAAGUUGCGCCUUGUUACAAAGCGUUGCGGUGAGGGACAACGUGCGAAAGCUCAUCACGCACUCCGGGCACGCUAAAAUCGCACUCGGUAUCGGGUUUUUGAUUGGGUUGAGACACUUCUACCCACUCAAAGACGAUAGUAGUUCAGUAGAAAAUAUGGGCAGACCUGGACCAAAGAGCAAAAAACUUAAAGUGUUGUGA